CGUGUGACGCGUGUCUGUCGACCCGCCCCUCGCCCGGGUCUCCAUCGGCUCCGUAAACACUUCGAUGUGAGCCGUGUGACCUCGGCUCUGUUCGUGUUCUUCCUCUUUGUGGUGAGCCGUGAUCCUCGCCUCUGCUCGCGUUCUUCUCGGGGUGUCCUCAAUUUACUCGGGGUUCAUAGGGGUCGAAAGUCGAAGGUAACCAUGGACGAGGAAGGGGGCGUGUCCACGGAUGACGAGGCCCCGCCCACCUACUGCGUCACACGCCCGGCGUUCAACGAGCAUCGACUUCGAGAUGAGCUCCUCCAUCGCCGCCAGAGAGUGGAGACCUCCAUCAAACACAGGCUGGCCCAGAGACUCAGGUGCACCUCUCAGCGGGCCCGGGGGGUGGCGGUGCGGCUCCUCCCCAUCCUGUCCUGGCUCCCCUCCUACCCGAUCCGCUCCUUCCUGUUCUACGACGUCAUGUCCGGGCUGAGCACCGGCGUGGUGCAGCUGCCCCAGGGUCUGGCCUACGCCAUGCUGGCGGCGGUGCCCGCUGUCUACGGCCUCUACUCCUCCUUCUACCCCGUCCUCCUCUACACCUUCUUCGGGACGUCCCGACACAUCUCCGUCGGUACGUUUGCGGUGAUGAGCCUGAUGAUCGGGGGGGUGGUGGUGCGCGAGGCUCCUGACUCCAUGUUCCCGAUCCCCGCCGCCAACGGCAGCAACGUGUCCACCGUGGACCUGGGGGCCCGCGACGCCCAGAGGGUGCAGGUCGCUGUGGCCCUCACCACGCUGGUGGGCCUGAUCCAGCUGCUGCUGGGCGCCCUGCGGCUGGGCUUCGUGGCGAUCUACCUGACGGAGCCGCUGGUGCGCGGCUUCACCACCGCCGCCGCCAUCCAGGUGUGCGUCUCCCAGCUGAAGUACCUGUUCGGUGUCCGGACCCCUCGAUACAGCGGAGUGCUGGCCACCGUCUACACCCUGGUGGCGGUGGUGCAGGACCUUGGCAGCACCAACGUUGCCACGGUGACGAUGGGCGUGGCCUGCAUUAUGUUCCUCUACGGCAUGAAGCAGCUCAACGAGCGCUGCAAGGCGCGGCUGCCCCUCCCCCUCCCCGGCGAGAUCAUCGUGGUCAUCGUCGCCACGGCAACCUCCUAUGGCAUGGGCCUGGCCGAGCGCUACCAGGUGGACGUGGUCGGAGUGAUCCCAAAAGGGCUCCUCCCACCGGCGCUCCCCCAGUUCCACCUGUUUCCCAGAAUCGCCACCGACGCCUUCGCCGUCGCCAUCGUGGGGUUCUCCAUGGCCAUCUCCAUGGCCAAGACCUUCGCCCUCAAGCACGGCUACCGCGUGGACGGGAACCAGGAGCUGCUGGCGUUGGGGUUGUGUAACUUUGUGAGUUCGUUCUUCCAGACCUUCGCCAUCUCCUGCUCCAUGUCACGCAGCCUCGUUCAGGAGAGCACAGGGGGCAAGACCCAGAUCGCGGGCCUCCUAGCCUCCCUGCUGGUCCUGCUCGUCAUCGUCGCCAUCGGCUUCCUGUUUGAGGCGCUGCCUCAGACGGUGCUGGCAGCGGUCAUCAUGGUCAACCUCCUGGGGAUGUUCAAACAAAUCCUGGACAUCCCAAUGCUCUGGCGACGCAGCCGACUAGAGCUGGGGAUCUGGCUGGUUUCCUUCGUGGCGUCGCUGCUGCUGGGGUUGGAUUAUGGGCUGCUGAUGGCCGUGGCGUUCGCUAUCCUGACCGUCAUCUACAGAACACAGAGUCCCAGCAGUGGGGUUCUGGGUCAGGUCCCGGGGACCGGACUGUACUACGACGUGGACCUCUACGAGGGGUUGGAGGAAUAUUCUGGAAUCAAGAUCUUUCAGUCCAACUCCUCCGUGUACUUUGCCAACUGUGACCUCUACGUGACCUCCCUGAGAGACAAGAGUCAGGGGGAGCCAACGACCAAGCAGAGUUUCCAGGACCGGGACCGGGACCAGGACCAGAAGACGGAGGCGGAGAAGGACCUGUCUGACCCCUCCGGCCCCCCCAGCGCUACGGCUCCGGGAGUGACCGGUGAGUUGUUGUCCUGGUGCAAGGAGGGGGGGGUCAGCAGCCGGCUGGCGGGGGGUCGGAAUGUCCACACCCUCAUCCUGGACUGGAGCCCCGUCAACUUCGUGGACACCGUCGGAGCGAAGGCCAUCACCUCCAUGAUCAAGGAGUUUGCGGCGAAGGACGUACGUGUUUUCAUCGCUGGAUGCAACAGACCCCUGCUGUCUCAGCUGGAGACCCUGCAGUUCUUCAGCGGGGUCGUGACCCCGGACAUCCUGUUCCCCACCGUGCACGACGCUGUGCUGUACAGCCAACACCAGGAGGAGUGCGCCAGCCAAUCCCAGCCCAUCGCCAUCACCAACGGCAGCUCUUGACGGUGAUGACUGCAGGAGGCCCACAAUGCACCUUGUUUUAGAGCCCACGAGGGAGGGGCUUAGUAUACUCAGGGCGUUAGACACAAGCAGUCAAAUCACUGGUCCUGGAGACGCUGACUUCCUUAGAACAUCACGUGUGGGUGAUUUCUGAGGUUGAGACUGUAGUUUAAAAUGUCCUGACGAGUCAAAAGUUACUGUUUGUCCAUUAUGAACCAAGACCGUUACUGACGACUAUUACUGAAGACUAAAGUGCCUGGUGAAUGGUUCUCCAUCGUAUUGUAGAAUAGACUGUCCUGAUGUGUUCUAGGGCUGGAGGUCGGUUCUCCGUAACAUGACAGGUGUUAAAGAACCCAGUAGAUCUUCUCCUCUAAGGACGCCUGCUUCCAUCCUCUGAAGCCGGAGCUAGACUGUUAUGGCGUUUAUGGGUUUACAAGCAAAUGGAUCCCAUAAUUGGUAUCAAAUCAAUAAUGAGAACGAUAUAAGAUGGAUAUUUUCUAUUACUGGGCUUUGUAACCGACCCCAGCCCUGCUAAUUCACUGUGAUGUCCAACUGUGGAUCUGCCAUUCUGUGCUCAAUGUUACAUCAUAUCUGUUGUCUGACAAUAGUAAUAAAACAUUAUACAAGUC